GGUGCACCUCAUUGCCACGACUGAGCCCCCAUUAUCAACCAACGUAUCAUUCGGAUAUUCGCAACACAUCUUCGGUAAAUAUCCAUAAUCUCAUAAUCUGACAACAAAUUAAGAAAAUCAACCAAUCUCGCCACUUGGAUUCCUUACGCAUGACUUCAGAAUCCAUUCGUCCAGAUUUCGAUCCCCACAACAUUACGCCUAUCGUCAUGCCUCACCGAGAACCCAAUACACCGGAGCCACAAACACAGGACUCUGCAGAGCGUGUAGCUCGCAUACGGAUUAAAAAUCGCAGGAAACUGUACCUUGAUCGCCAUCCAUCAUAUUUUACUGCCCCGGACCUAGAGCUUGCAGAUCCGUUAUUGUAUGACCGAUGCAUCAGGAGAUUCCAGACUGCCGCGGAGAGAGAAGCAGACGGACGAGCAAAAGGGUAUUCUGGUGUGUUGGAAGCAGACCUAUAUCGAUCAGAAGCUAAACUUGCUGCAUUGAAGGGCAGCUCUGAUUCGUGCCCUCGGGACGAACAUGAAGACGUUGGGCGCAUUCAAGAAGAUCAUGGGGUUCCAUACUUGAGCUAUGCCAGAGGUCAAAAUGGUGAAGUUUUACCUGAAGACCCUGAUGAAGUACCGAGGAGUAAGGAGGACGGCUUCGAGAGAUGGAAGUUUGAGAUGACACUCAAGUUUCUUAGGGGGGAAGAUGAAGAUUUUGAUUAUCAAGAUGUAGACGCUGGCGGGGAAUGGGAUGAGAUUGAGAAUAGGGACGUUGAAGAGCGAUGGUUCGAGGAUGAAGAACCGGAAUGGUUAGGGGAAGAAGAAACUGGGGACACAGUUGGUGGAGAAACUGGUAUACAGGAUUUUUGAAUGGUGGGCAAUACCAUGAUAUUGCAUCCUUCUCAUGGUUGACUCACACAAAUUAUCUAUACAGUUGCUGACGAUGCCCUCUAUAUGGCUUGAGCAAAUACCUAAUAUGUCUUGGGAGAUGUGCAAAGCUCCCAUAUUCUCGAAUGUUGCAGGUGUCA